AUGAACCUCAAUCCGAACCCGAACCCAGCCUUUGGAGACCCCACGAUAGCCACCACUACAACCAUUUCCUCAGCUCCAAAUCCAGAUCCAAAUCCAACCUUCAACACCAAUCUUUCCUUCCAAAACACCCUCAUUCCAUCCCCUCCUAAAGCAACCCCCGUGACAUCAGCAGAAACAACAACACUCACAACUCCAUCCUCAUACCCAAAAACAGACUCAAAACCAACCUUCAACAUCAACCUUUCCUUCCAAAAUACCCUCGUUCCGUCUCCCAAACCAACCCCCCUACCAACAACAACAGAAACAACAGCACCAAAAACAACAACAUACCACAUCUACCCAACGCCCCAAAACCCCUCCCACGCGCUCAUCACCCAACACGAUCUCCCCAAGUCCACCUCCGCGCGUCGCAAACUCCUCAAACAAAACCCAUCCUUUCUCUCCAGCACCAGCACCAACACCUCAACCUCAACCACCUCCGAUCCUAUCUUUGAGUCUCAGUCACCACCACCGAAAUCCUACUACCUCCACCUCCCAACCCUAACCUUCCACUCCCCACCCCGGACGCUCCGCCGCGGCGCCAACAAAACGGACCCUCCCGUCUGCAUCAUCCACAACUCUCCUUUCUGGAAACGAUGGCGUAUUCUCACGGGCCCAGAACUCCUAGCGGCUAUCGACCCGCGAGGCCUACUACCUUAUGAACGGAGAAGCUGUGCCGGAAAUAAACCGCGACGGGACGGUGAGGUGAAGGGGUAUCGCGUGCGAAAGUGGCGGGCGUACGGGGAGAGUAGGAAGGGGUAUUUUAGGAAGGUCAAUGAUGAGAGGAAGAAGAGGAAGAUGAAAUGUGGUGGUGGUGAUUAUGAUGGGGAUAGGGAUAGGGAGGGGAUGUGGGAUCCUGUUUGCGCGGAUGAGGUGCUUCCCGUGACGUGGGUGCAUGCGACGCCGUUCUCGACUCGCGUGCGAUGGUAUAGUUUUAUGUAUGAGGGGGUGCAGGGGGCGUGGAAAGGGAGUCGUGAGAUCCCGGUGAGGAAGAAGUGGGCGAGACGUGUGAUGCCGGUGCAUCAUUUGAAGUUGGUGGUUAAGGGUUAUGGUAUUGGUAGUGGUUCGUUGGGAAAGAAGGGAGGGGGGGAGUACACGCACCAGGACCAGGACCAGGACAGAGACUAUGGAUUUGAGAAGAAGAUGGAGAGUGAAGGGGAUGAGGAAGGAGAAGAAGUUGUCCUGGCUCGGUAUUCGAGUAGUUUAUCGUGUGGAAAACACGGUACCUUGGUCAUCUUCGACGAGGAGGUGAGGAGGGUGCUUGGGUGUCAGGAUCUGGUCCGUUCGAGGAAGGAUUUUGCCUGCAACCGGGAGAAGGGGAUCGGUGUGGUGGAUGAGUAUGAUGUGAUUGUGGCAACAGCGAUGUGUAUGAUCCUUGGGGAAGAACAGAAACGGAACACGGUGCUGCAGAUACUGCUGGCGCUGGCUGAGGCUGCCGGGGGUGCUUAG